GUGGCUCCCAACAUUUAAACAUGUGAAAUGUUUAAAAAUAGCCUAACCGCUGUUAAAGGUGAGUUUCGCCUACAUUGGUUGCUAAGCAACACAUGGCGGGCAGUUAGUAACUAGCAUGAAGGCUCUUUGGUGGCCGCCGUAGCUAACAGCCGUCCGGCGCCUCUCGCUCUCGCACUGCUAAGCGUGGAGGGAUGGCGGCUGUGACUCAGCGCGCAGCUCGUGACACGCUUGCUCCGGUUCGAACCAUUUUCCGUGUUUUGUCAUUUCCUUCGCUCAGUUCUUGGGAGGGAGGGAGUCUGUGGGCGGUUACAAUCGAUGCGUGAUUUACAAACCUUAUUUGUUCCUACUACUUUGAGCGCCAUCUUGUUUGUAACUCUUUUUAUGUAAGUGGUAGAGUUUCUUCUGAGGGAGUAUCCCGUUACCCUUUCUUCCAGGUUUAGACUGGGGACCUCUCCCUGUAGUACACGGCCGCGUAUCGCGUUUGCUUUAUCGCCUUUCUCUUAGAAAUCCCAGUAUUUCCAACUGGAUAGAAAUGAGCAUCGAGACCCUACUGGAAGCAGCCAAGUUCUUGGAAUUGCAAGCCCAGCAACAACAGAAAGCACGUGAGGAUGAGCUAAAGGAGAAGCGGCUGACAGAGCAGAGGCACGCUGGUGUGAACUGUGACUCAACAAUCCACAUCAACAAUGUCUCUAAAUCAGAGGAGCUCCGCACCGAGUGCUGUCCAGCCCCCGUGCAGCCCUCUCUGCCUCCCCCCUCUGUGCCCAUUACCGUCAUCCCCAUCCCCGUGGUCACCCCCAACCCCACGGGCUCACCCACACUGCCUGUCAACGCACUCUCCCCUCCAGCUGCUCCGUCACUGGCCUCCCCAAGAAGAGACCCCCACUCCCCCCAGGGGCAAAGUGCUGCCGCUCUGCCCUGCUCUCCGCACCCCAAACCCGACCACCCGCCCUCUGUGAUGGGCACCAACCACAGGCAGCUCAUACAGAACCACCAUCACCAUCACCCGCAGCUCAUAACGCAGACUAACAACACCCAACUGCAGCAGCAGUCCCACCCUCAGCUGGUCCAACGUUAUCCUGGCUCCAUCGUGUCACCCCAGCAGCAGCAGCAGCAGCAGCAGCAGCAGCAGCAGCAGCAGCAGCAGCAGCAGCAGCAGCAGCAGCAGCACGCCUUACUCCCACAGUUGGGCCACGCACUGCCUCAGCAGGCUCCUGUGCAGAACGGCCUGUUCAGCCGGAGCAGCCCCACUGAUGAUGGCCGUCAGCUGGACAAGAAGAGGCCUGGAGGGGCAGGCACAAGAGAGGUGCAUAACAAGCUUGAGAAAAACAGACGAGCACAUUUGAAAGAGUGCUUUGAGACCCUGAAAAAGAACAUCCCCAACAUUGACGAGAAGAAGACGUCCAACCUGAGUGUGCUGCGGAGCGCACUGAGAUACAUCCAGACAUUAAAGCGUAAGGAGAAGGAGUACGAGCACGACAUGGAGCGACUUGCAAGGGAGAAGAUCGCCACACAGCAGCGAUUAUCAGACUUAAAAAACGAGCUGAGCCAGUGGAUGGAUGUGAUUGAGAUCGAGCGCAUCCUGCGACAGACAGUCCAGCCUGAAGAGGACCAGGCCUCCACCUCCACUGCCUCAGAAGGUGAAGACGUCAUGGACGAUGACCUAGAUGAAGAUCCUCCACUGCAAGCACAGACGGCCUUACCCAUCGUGCCUCAAACCAUGAAACCAGAGCCGCACAAGACUGCAGCACCCACUCAGCCCCCGUCCCUGACCCCCACCACCACUGCCUCCUUCAUCACCCAGCACAUCUCCAUCCAGCACAAACCCCCUCUGAACCAGCCUCAGCUGCUGCCAGUGACUUCUCAACAGCCCGUGUCCAAGCCUGCGGCACCACCUACGUUCGCAGCCACGACAUCCAACACUCCUACGGCUCCGAGUCAGCCCUUGAUCCCCGCUCAGACACAGAUGGUGGCCACGCCCAGCCUGCACCCCACCGUUAUCGCCCAUGCUUCUGUUUCACAUCCCUCGGUGAUCCAAGCAGUCAACCACGUCAUCCAGGGAGGGGGCCCCAAACACAUUGCCCACCUGGCUCCCUCCGGCACCAGUGCUGUCCAAUUAGCCCCUGGGCACCAACCAAUCGGCCACAUCACCGUGCACCCAGUAGCUCACCUCAGCCAGCAUCUACCUGCACUCUACCCCCAGCCGGUGGCUGUCACGCAGCCAACUGUGGUUGGUCACAUAACCCACACGAUAAAUCACGCCCACCCACAGGUGAAUGGCACCACGCCUAGCCAGGCAGCUGCCGCCAUUGUUAGCAAGCAGACGGCAGUGAGCACCCAAAUGGUGGCCCACCACCCACAACUGGUGGGUUCCACAGUGCUCAACCCUGUGACAAUGGUGACCAUGCCGUCCUUUCCCAUCAGCACUUUGAAGCUGGCCUGAACCUUACCAACGAGACCUCCAGGCUGCAGUUAGAGACGUCCCAUGAUGGGGUGAACUAUAAGCUUCAGACCAGCCAGCGAUCGGCCCAGAGUGGGGGCUACUGGAUGCUUGACGAUCCCCCUGGUACAUAAGCAUUACUGCUAUUGAAAAGCAACCAGGAUCAUUCCUGUCUUUGUCUAGUAAUUUUCUACAAGAGUGAAAAUCCUCAUUUUACAAUUGGGAGACGUCGGGCUGUGGUCAGUUUUCAGUUGCUGAGUAUUUGUCACUAUACAGCUGGCAGAUGUGAAAAUGUGAGACUGCAGCGUGACACCUGUUAUUGCGGAUAAUGGAGCAGUAGUCAUCUUACCAGCUUUUCAUGUGGGGGAAUGUUGUGCUACCUUCUGUGACGGUGCAUGUGACAACAGCUCCCCCUGCUGGCUGGUUUGUAUUACUGCUGCCAUUGCGAUGAAAACAAUCCUCCAGUGAAGUCAAUGGAAACAGGAGUAACGUAAAGUAAAAUUGUCAGGGUUGUAAUUGAAGGACAAUCAAAACCUCUUGACUUCUCUGAAACACACUGAUAACUGGUCACUAGAAGUACAAGUAAGCAUUUUGGCACAGCUGCUAAUGGUUUAUAAAUAACGUCAUGGCCCCUAAAUUUAAAUGCAACCACCGGAGGUGAAUGUGUCACAUGUCUGGAGAAUGUCCAUGUUAAUACCAGCUCCUUACACUAUACUUUGGGCUGCGUCUGUGCUGGCCUGUAAGGCGAAUGGUAGCAGGAUGUGUGUUGUGCACUCUCUCGACUUCAAGUCGGAAUGUAUUUUUAUUUUUUUUUAUUACUUUUGUUUGGGAUCGGUACAAAUUGAACAGCUGAGGAUAAAUCCAAACGUAUUUUUUUUCAGACUCCCAAAGCCAGCACUGUGAAAAUCUAUUUAUUAGUCUGAAGUCUAGCACAGCAACAUGCUGUAUCGUUCUAAUUUAAUCUGAAUGUAUCACCAGUGAAAAGACGCACUCGUCUUGCCCCUUGUUUUUUUUUUUUUUAAGAAAAUGCUAUUACGUUAAGGUAUCAUGUAUUGAAAUAUCAAGUGUAUGUAAAAUGUAACAUUUAUAACAAAGUUUGUGUUUUAAGAUGUGCUGUUGCUUGUAUUAUGUGGAGAAUAACCUUCGUAUUGUAAGUGUUCUAGCCUUCUUUUCCUGGGACCAUGUACAGUGCUGUAUAUCGGUGUUAUGACUACAGACCUGCCCCUCUCUUGUAAUCACAUUUAGCCACUUUGGCAAGUAUUAACCCAUUACUUUCUAAGUUUUGUUCUGAUACAAUAUGAUUACAGUAGCAGAGCCCAUUACGUACAAAACAAAGCAGCUGGUCUUUAACCUUCAAAUGACCCCGAACAAACUGCAGUCAUAUUGUAACCAACAAAGCGUGGAAACAUCAACAGGGAUUCAAAUACUUGAAAAAGCAACAUAGCGUGUUUUCCCUAUGGAGAAAGUUUAAGUUGUAUAGUCUGUAAAUACUGGCUGCAUUUAGAUCUAACUAUAUAAUGUAAAAAGCUGUGGAAAAUAUGUACAAUUUAAAAAUUUAUAAAAAAGAAAUAAAUUUUAUUAUGUUUACAAA